CUCUAAACUUAGCGCUGUGGCUCCUGACAUUGCACACCCUAACACGCGUUUAGAUUGGAAAUUGGAAUGUUGGAUGCGGUGCACGUGUAUAUAUCGGGAAAUAAAUAAAAAUUUCUGGGAUAUAAUAAAUAUUUAUUUGAUAGCUUAUAAUUUUCAACAACACAAUCAUGCUUAAAAGAAAAAGAAAUCAAGAAGAUGAUUCUUCUGGUGGCGAAAUGGAUGAUAUAAAUAUGGAUGAAAUGUUGGACUCUGAAGAGGAAUUUUCAGAGAAUGAAAGAAAUUUAUUAGAGAAAGUUCGCCAAAAAAGAAAACCUGAAAAUUAUGACAGUGAGGAUGAAGUUAUGGGAUUUAAUAAUGAAGAAUACGAUGAAGAUGAAGAUGAAGAAGAAAAAGAUUCCAUGGAAUCUGAUAUAGAAGGUUUAGGAGAUGACUAUGAUUUACCUAAUGAAAAAGCUUGGGGUAAAAAGAAGAAAGAUUUUUAUUCAACUGAUUAUGUUGAUGCUGACUAUGCAUCUACAAGUCAAAAAGAAAUUGCUGAUGCUGAAUUAGAAGAACAAGAAGCUAGAAAUUUGCAAAAAAGAUUAGUAGAACAACUUGAUGAAGCAGAUUUUGGUCUUGAGUUAGUUGUGUCAAAGGAAGAUGCUUCUGAAUGUAAUCAAGAUGGAGAACACAUAAAAACUGACUUGAGUAAAUUAAGUAAAAGACAAAAACACGAACUUUUUGAAAAAGAGAGUCCUGAGUUUUUGCCUUUGAUUACAGAUUUUCAAGAUCGCUUAACUGAAGCAAGAACUGUACUAGGUCCGUAUUUAGAUCUUGUAGAAAGAGCAAAUUGUAAAGAUUGUGCAGCUACUAAUUUUGUAAAAGCAAAGUAUGAUUUAUUGUUACAUUACUGUACAAAUAUCUCAUUUUAUCUAAUGCUGAAAGCUAAAAAAGAACCUGUGGCAUCUCAUCCUGUCAUUAAGCGAUUAGCGCAAUAUAGGCAAUUGUUAGCUCAACUCGAAGAAUGCCAAGGAGAUAUUUUAGAUGAAAUAAAAGAAUUAUUAGAAGCUAAUGAAAAUGGCGAAACUUUGUACAAUUCUGGAGAUUUUAGUGAAGUAAAUAUUGAAAAGAAGAAAGUGGAAACUGUCAAGCAUUCUGCGAACAAACAUAAAAAGCUUGAACAUAUUGAAAAGGCGGAUAAGAAUAGGGUUGUAUAUGAAGGAGAUUCUAGUAUGGAUGAGGACGAAAAAUAUGACCAAGAAAUUUCAGGAGACUCGGAUGAAGGAAAUAACGAGGAAAAUGAAGAUCAGGAAGAUACUGAGGAGAAAAGAGCAAUCACUUAUCAAAUUGCCAAGAAUAGAGGUCUUACUCCCCAUAGGAAAAAAGAACAACGUAAUCCAAGAGUUAAACACAGAAAUAAGUAUCGCAAAGCUAAAAUACGCAGAAGAGGAGCUGUCCGAGAAGUUAGAAAGGAAACCACUAGAUAUGGAGGUGAAAUAUCUGGUAUUAAGGCUACUGUUAAAAAGAGUAUCAAACUCAAGUAGAAUUAUUUUAUUAUCUUUUUACAAUAGAGAUGUAAAAGUGUUGAUAUUUUCAAUGCCUAAUUAUUAUAAUAGAAAUAAAAUAAAACUAGGUACAAUGAAUAAAUUUUUUAUUGAGUGGAAUAAGUAUGAAACAAUGACGCCUAAAUACUAGCAGACUUUAAAAAAACGUAAUUCAAGUAACAAGUGUCUGUAAGACAACAUGGGCUAUCAAGUCCAUUAAUGCGCUGACAUGUGACUCCAAGAUUUCUGUCAUCGAUAUAACAUUUGCUUCAUGACAUUAAUCACGAAAAUUAACCUAUUGUAAACUAAAGUUCCUUAUGCCUCCAACUUGGCUAGAAUAUCAGAUUCACGGAACAAGUGGAAUUCUUUGUUCUCUUCAAGCUCUACUUUAGUUCCGCCAUACUCGGGCAGCAAAACAACAUCUCCAACCUUGAUGCUUGGUGGAAUGUGUUCUCCUUUCUGAAAAUUAAAGAAAAAGAUAAUCAUUUAAUUUUAUCCAAUGUUUUAAAUUAUGAUAUGAUGAACUUGAAUGCAGAUGUACGUACGUCGUUCCUUGAUCCAGGUCCAAUCGCCACGACAGUUCCUCUGAGAACUUUGCCUUGUGCUUUCUCGGGG